AUGUGCAAUGUGUCAGUGAGUGAUGAGAUCAUUACGAUCCUCCAGCCUACUCUUCCAGUGCCUGCUGGGUCUGCUGAUCUGUGUGUUCUGUGUGUGUGUGUGUGUGUGUAUGGGCUGGGCUGUCUGCUGUCAUAGCGUUUUUAUCUCCCCCCAUUGCCUGGGGAAUUCCAGCCAGGGAUCUAUCAGAGUGUGGAUCCAUCAUCCUCCACUCAUUGCAACUGUCACCCUGCCACUGCCAGCCAUAGAUACAGUCCGUCCGUGACACUGAUUUUGUCUUUGGUGCUGGUGGCAACUUAUGGCAC